AUGAUGCGUUUUGAGAUCUCUUCUUCCCUUCCGUCUACGAAACUUUUUAAAGUCUAUGCAAAUUUCGACACCCUCGCGCCAAAGGUCGACCCUAAAACAUUCAAAUCCAUUAGCAUUAUCGAAGGUGACGGUGGUGUUGGAAGCAUCAAGAGUAUAAUCUUCGGGGAGGGUGUUCCUUAUAAAAAUUCAAAGAACAGAAUCGAUGACAUCGACACAAGCAAUCUAAGUGUUAGUUACACAAUCUUUGAAGGUGAUGCGUUGUUAGGCAUUAUUGACUCGGUGACUCACCAUGUUAAGUUCGUACCAUCUCCUAACGGUGGAUCAGUAUACAAGCAUACAACUGUUUUUAAUUGCAAACCUGAUGCCCAGCUAAGUGAAGAUAUUCUUAAUGGUUCCAAAGAAGCAUAUAAGAACACCUUCAAGGCAAUUGAGGCCUAUGCCAUUGCUCAUCCUGAAGUUUAGUAAUAUCUUUUUAGCAACCAUGGU